AAUUGUUUGAGCCUUGAAUCUAUUAAGCACAUUUAUCACACAUUUAUAUUUUAGUUGACUUGCUUCCAUACGAAAUAGAAUCAGACUUAGACUGUGUCAGCUGCUUCUCCCUUUGCUCCAGUACUGAUCACCUCCUAUACUAUUCCUAUACAGUACAAUCAUGACAGAGGUCAGGCGCUUCGUCUGUGACGACAUGUUCCGCUUCAAUACCGUCAAUCUUGAUCCUCUGACUGAGACGUAUAACCUCGGUUUCUACCUACAAUACUUGGCUGUGUGGCCAAAUUACUUCUCUGUUUGCGAGUCCUCGUCUGGAGAAUUGAUGGGAUAUGUCAUGGGCAAAGCCGAAGGAAGAGGCGAAGAAUGGCAUGGCCAUGUCACGUGUCUCACCGUCACACCCACAUACCGUCGAUUGGGGCUGGCCAAUCAGAUGAUGGAUCUACUGGAGAGAGUCUCGGAACACAUAUACGAUGGAUACUUCGUAGAUUUAUUCGUGCGGAAAUCCAAUGAAGUGGCGAUAGGGAUGUAUCGUAAGCUAGGAUACACAGUCUAUCGGCGAGUCUUAGGCUACUAUUCGGCGUCAGUAGAUGCGGAUGAAGAAGAUGCUUAUGAUAUGCGGAAGGCCUUACCGAGGGACGUGACGAAAAAAUCAGUCAUCCCACUCGAUCAUCCAGUAUUACCUGAAGAUGUGUAUAGUUGAGAUGCACCCGAGGAUAUACCUUACUAGCAAGUAUCCCCGAGUCGGGCAGUCAGGCUUGGAACGAGCUGACAUAGUUCUAUCCUGGAGGCAUCGACUGCGCUUCAUAGCCUCCAACGAUGAUUGAUCGAAUAUGUAGAACCCCAACUCUAGAGUGUGGAAAUAGAGCACGGUAUGCCUGGGUCUUAGCUUAAGUAGCGCCGCGGAGUCCUCUGGGUUACAGUACAACGGAAUGCGCUUGUUGAAUCGCUUAUAUGGGAGUGCAGAAGUGGCCCAGGAAGUAUUAAAAUUGCAUAGUGCCACUUGUGUUUAUGACACUACUUUCCCUUGCUGUCCAAUGACCGUAUGUGAACCAUAUUGCGAUUUUAUUUUUGACAUCCGAAUUUUCUCACCCAUUCUUUUUAUGAACUAAAUUCUAUCAACAUACACAACUGAGAAUCGCCAUUAUAUGCACUAAUAUUUACCUACAUCCAACUGAUUAUCUCCUUUAUAUACACUAAAUUAUCUAAAUACAACUAGUUAUCUCCUUUAUAUACACUAAUAUUAAUCUAUAUCCAGCUAAUUAUCUUUCCAGCUUACGCCUUGACCUUCUUCGCCACGGUCCCUUCAAUGCCCGAUUCCCUCUU